UCAAUUAUUUAAUGUAAAAUAAAGGAUGUUUGCGACUCAUUUCGAACUGAAAGGUAAUCCGUUUGAAGGUAGUCUCAUAACUUGAUCUAAAUUUAAUAUCAGUUUGCAAUUUAGAACUUAAAUUUAACCUCCCAAUUCGAACUAGACGUUUCAACUUUCAAUUAUUUAAUGUAAAAUAAAGGUUGUUUGCGGUUCAAUUCAAACUGAAAUCUAAUCCGUUUGAAGGUGGUCCCAUAAUUGACCUAAAAUUAAUUUCAGGUUGCAAUUUAGAACUUAAAUUUGAAAUUUAAGCUCCCAAUUCGAACUAAAGGUUUCAACUUUCAGAAAACUUAAGUAGACUAACGGCUAUGUUUCAGGCGAUGAAGAUACUAUCGAAGAAGAAGCUGGUGAAGAAAGCAGGAAUGUUCGGUAGGCUGCCUCCCAGAUGGAUUGCGAAAUCGUGCGAUUCCGAAAUGCUGACACCUCUCCAGAGGGUGUAUAGGGAAAUCGCCGUACUUAAGAAAUUAGAUCAUCCGAACGUAGUGAAAUUAGUCGAGGUGCUUGACGACCCCGAAGAGGACCAAUUGUAUUUAGUUUUCGAAUUGUUAGAAAAACCCAUUUUAAAUGUACCAACAGACGAACCUCUAUCGGAAAAUAAUACGUGGCAUUAUUUUCGAGAUGUGAUACUAGGAAUUGAAUAUUUACACUAUCAGAGAAUUAUUCAUCGAGACAUCAAACCCGCCAAUCUCCUACUGACCGAUUCGGGAAGGGUUCAGGUCGCCGAUCUGGGCGUCUGUAACGAGUUCGACGGUUCCGACGCGUACCUUUCGACGACCGUGGGAACGCCCGCGUUUAUACCACCGGAGGCGCUCAGGGAAGGUCAGAACGACGGUUUCAGUGGCAAGGCGGCAGACAUUUGGUCGAUGGGAGUCACGUUAUACUCGCUCGUGUACGGAAGAACGCCGUUCAUCGAGGAGAACAUAAUAUCUCUUUAUUCUCGGAUCAAAAGUCAUCCCGUCGAGUUUCCGGCGACCCCUCACAUAUCUUCGUCUUUAAGAAACCUCAUUCUAAGUAUGCUAGUCAAGGAUCCGAAGCAGAGGAUUACGCUGCCCGAAAUUAAGGUAUCGAUCGUUACCUACCCUCUUAACCUGUAG